CUUCCCCUACAACUCAGCAGCACAGUGCCUGUCUCACACACAUCUCUGCUCCUGCCUGUGCGUGUGCGUGUGAGCGUGUGUGUGUGUGUGUGCGUGUUUGCGCGCACCCCGGGCUCUAAACAACCGAACACCCCUCCGCGUGGACCAGCGGGACCAUGGGACAGCUCUGAGCCGCGCCACUCCAGACCCUCCCUAAUUUGGGGCCCACACAGUAUGGUUGUGUUGCAUUCCUCCAAAGUUCCUGUCCAUUCACCCCGUUGUCAAACUGAUAUGGACCCCUCCACAGAACCCCUGUCUGACCCUACACCCGGGGACCUGUGUGGUUCCCCUCCGUCUGUCGCAGCCCCUCGAAAACAAAUCCGUCUCCAGGAGAGGCGGGGCUCCAACGUGUCCUUAGUGUUGGACGUCAGUAGUCUGGGCACAGUGGAGCCCCUGUGCUCCAUCUCCACCCCAAAAGAAACCAUUCUGCACCUCCUGCGGACCAGCACACGCCCCCUGACAGCUAGCCAACUGAAGGAGGCCUCUGGCCAGGCCCAAGCCCUGGACAAGGAGUACCAGAAAAUACCUCCAAACUUUGUGAAUUCGUCGGAGUUGGACAUCCCGGGCCACGCCCUAAAGGACCGCUACAAGACCAUUCUCCCCAACCCAGAGACUCGCGUGUGCCUGCAGACCCCAGGGACUGAUGGGAAGGCCGAGGGCUACAUCAAUGCAAACUACAUCCGGGGGUACGGGGGAGCGGUGAAAUGCUACAUCGCGACGCAGGGCCCGAUGCGCCACACUGUGGGGGACUUCUGGGAAAUGGUGUGGCAGGAGGAGUCCAGCAUCAUCGUCAUGAUCACAGACCUGAAGGAGAAGAAGGAGAAGUGCGUGCUGUACUGGCCACAGAAGGAGGGCCGGUUCGGCAGGUUUGACGUGAGGGUGACCGCGGUGAGAGAGUGCGGGGGGUACACAAUCCGAGACCUCAGCCUCCAGGUGGGCAGUGAGAGCAGGCAGGUGAGGCAUUACUGGUACUCCUCCUGGCUGGAUCAUCAGACCCCAGACUGUGUUGAGCCGGUCCUGCGGCUGGUGUGGGACGUACAGCACGAAAGAGAGGCUCUCACACAUUGCGGACCCACCAUCGUCCACUGCAGUGCGGGCAUUGGGAGGACUGGUUGUUUCAUUGCCAGCAGCAUUGGCUGCCAGCAGCUUCAGCACACCGGAGAGGUGGACGUCCUGGGGAUCGUCUGCCAGUUACGGCUCGACAGGGGCGGGAUGAUCCAGACGAGUGAGCAGUACCAGUUUCUGUACCUCACCCUGGCACAGUACAGCCGCCAGCUGAGCCAGAGUCGUCAUGGAGACAGGGGGCGGAGUAACACCAGCCAAACAGACAGAAAGGCCCAGGAGGACCAUCACACCCCAGCAACAGCAGCUCAGCUUCAGGAUCCCUGAGCCCUCCAGCUUUUAUACGGCGUAUUGUAUGAUUCUUUAGGGACUGUACUUUCAUAAUGGCUUUGUUUUAAUCCAGAUUUUUGUUUAUAAUGCCUCAGCAGAUGGGCCUGGCUAAAAUAAAUGUUUCGAUGUCCAUGUA